AUGUUCGAAUUAGAACGUAGGGCCGUCUUCACAAAGAAAUGGCUCCUGGUCUCACACACCAAAAGGCUCCAAGAUGCUGGCGAAUACGUACACUUGACAGUAGCUGGCUACUCAUUCUUCCUCAUUCGCAGUCGGCAAGGCGAGAUAUUUGCACAUCACAACGUCUGUCGCCAUCGAGCCUCGCCUCUAGUACUCAAGGACUCUGGAAAGCUGCAGGUCCUGUCCUGCAGAUAUCACGGUUGGACGUACGGCUUCGACGGACAUCUAGCCAAAGCUCCCAACUAUCAGGACUAUCCUUCGUUCGACAAGACGUCAAAUGGUCUGUUCAGUAUCCAUGUACAUGUCGAUCGCAUGGGAUACAUCUGGGUGAAUUUCGAUUCGAGGGAGAAGCCGAAAGUAGCAUGGGACGAAGACUUCGCUUCGUUCGAUGUGCAGCCUAGGUUGAGCUACUUCAACAUGGACGACUACACCUUCGACCACCAAUGGCAUAUUGUAGGCGACUUCAACUGGAAAGUGUUUGCUGACAACUACAAUGAGUGCUACCACUGCUCCACUGCCCACUCUGCGCUCAGCGCCAUUGACUUCGCGGGGUACUAUGUGAAUCUCUCUGGAUAUUCGAUUCAGCAUUUUCCAAUCGAGGAAGAAAGGAUCAAUGAAUCUGCCGAGACACAGGUCUGCACAACUUUCUGCUACCCGUUCUCUGCCACGACGGUCUCGGCGAACAUGAUGUACGUCAUCCGGUGCACGCCAGUAUCUGAACGCCAAGUCAAGAUAGAAUACGAGGUGUAUCGCCACAAGAACGCCAGUGAUGAGCAAUUUCAUGGCAUCAACAACUUUGUGAAAGCUAUCCUUGAGGAGGACAAGGAUCUUUGCAACGGUGUCCAGAAGAACCUUGAGGCUGAGAUCUUCACUACCGGCGAACUGCAUCAUAGAGUGGAAAAGGGCCCGCGAUACUUCCAGCAACUUACUCGCAAGCUUAUCAUGGAGCAUCGCCGGCGUGAGGAAGCCGCACAGACGAUCAUCUCAUCGGCAGCACCAGAACAAACGCUCUCGGAGACGACGAAGGAGGACGUGGAUUUCUGCAGCAAGCUCGACUGUGACCCCUCGAGUACUGCAAAGGAGCUGUCAUGGUGA